AUGAUAGUUACGUCAAUGCUCAAUUCGUCAUCCACAAUUACAAAUUUGUGGGAUUUAGAAAAAAUUGGUAUUGCUGAUCCUUGUGAAAAGCUAACAAAGGCCGAAGUCGAUAACCAAGUGCGGGAACAUUUUCGGCAGACCGUAUCAAGGGAUAGUGACGCUCAGAGAAGGUUAGAAAAUGCGAAACAAAAGUUGAAAGCAGACGGAAAGUACAUGGACUACGAACAGGUAUUUAAACAAUGGUUAAACCUUGAUGUAAUAGAAGAAGUAAAAGGUGAAUGUGUAAGUUGUCAUUAUUUACCACACCGACCUGUGUACAAACCAGACAGUAGCACUACAAAGGUGCGACCGGUAUUUGACGCAUCAUGUUGUAGUGCAGGUGGCGCGUCAAGUCUUAAUCAAUGUUUAGCUAAGGGGCCCAAUCUGCUCGAACUUAUUCCUGACCUCCUCUUACGCUUUAGAGAAAAGUCAGUCGCUGCAACAGCUGAUAUUGAAAAAGCAUUUUUGAUGAUUGGAGUUAAGGAAGAUGAUCGAAACUUCCUACGGUUUCUCUGGUGGGAGGAUUCUACAUGUUCAGAUAUGAAAAUUUAUCGACAUAAGCGUGUCGUUUUUGGUGUUAACUGUAGUCCAUUCCUUUUAUCUGCAGUUAUUGAAUACCAUUUGCGAAGAGUUGAUCAGCAUCUUAGGUCAACAGCGGAUAAGUUAUUAACAACGUUAUAUAUGUUGAUAAUGUAG